UCCUCCAGAGGCGAUGCUGGAGUUUGAAGAGACAUGAGGAUGGCUCAGGACGCAGCUUCUUCCCCAUGCCGUGCACAGACUUCAUAAGCGGACAAAGUUUUUAAAUUUAACAUUGGCCUGCGGUUUAUUCCGCUCUUCGCCAACAUGGAGUAUUGGAGGCAAUGUGCGAUGUGGCUGAUCAGCUGCAACGUGCUGCCUGCGAACCACCGGGUAACUGCGGACACGGCGCAGGUGUUCGACCUGGCGCAAACCCUGCGGGACGGGGUGCUGCUGUGCCAGCUACUCAACAACCUAAGACCCCACACUAUCAACCUAAAGGAGAUCAAUCUCAGGCCACAAAUGUCACAGUUCCUGUGCUUGAAAAACAUCCGGACAUUUCUGGCCUCUUGCUGUGAUGUGUUUGGGAUGAAGAAGAGUGACUUAUUUGAAGCCUUUGAUCUCUUCGAUGUCCGAGACUUUGGAAAGGUUAUGGACACUCUGUCCAAGCUUUCACACACGACAGUUGCUCAGCAAGCAGGAUUCAAGCCAUUUCCAACGGACGAGAGCCUACAAAACGAGGACAUUUACAACAAUCUGGAAGACAUGAUUGAUGAGAAUGUUCCUGAGGACGAAGAUGACUUGUAUGCAGCGGUCUAUGGCCUAGAAGACGAUUAUGCUGGUGGCGAGAUCUAUGAAGACCUCAUGAGAACGGAGCAGCUUCCCCCACUGAAGCAAGCAGAGGUUGAUAUCCGAAGCUGCUGCCUUACAGAGAUUAAACAGACAGAGGAGAAAUACACGGAAACCCUCGAGUCAAUUGAGAAGUAUUUCCUGAACCCACUGAAGAAAUUCUUCUCUACUUCUGAAAUAGACAAAGUUUUUGUAAACAUUCCAGACUUGGUUAGACUUCACAAGAGCCUGAUGGCUGAAGUGCAGGAUUCCAUCUUAAACAAAAAUGCCUUAAAUCUCUACCAGAUUUUUAUCAGCUACAAAGAGAGAUUGCUCAUUUAUGGAAUAUACUGCAGUCGAGUGGAAAUUGCCAUUGCCGUUUUAGACCUCAUUUGCAAAGAGAAGGAGGAUGUCCGUCUGAAGCUGGAGGAGUGCUCCAAAAGGGCCAACAAUGGGAAGUUUACACUGAGGGACCUGCUGGUUGUCCCAAUGCAGAGAGUCCUAAAGUAUCAUCUCCUUUUGCAGGAGCUAGUCAAACACACUCAGGAUGCUGCUGACAAGAGCAACCUGAAGAUCGCUCUUGAUGCCAUGAAAGACCUGGCUCAGUACGUCAACGAGGUGAAGAGAGAUAAUGAGACUCUAAGGGAGAUCGACCAGUACCAGAGGUCUAUUGAAAACCUGAACACGCCGCUAGUCACCUACGGCCGGCCAAAGGGAGAUGGAGAGGUGCGCAUAGUCUCCAGUGUUGACAAGAAGAAACAGGACAGGUUGUUGUACCUCCAAUGGUGCUACGGGUUCUAUGUGACACACCAGCAGGGGCACACGGGCUUUGAACUCUUUUUUAAGACCAGAGAGCUGAAGAAGAAGUGGCUGGAUCAGUUUGAAAUGGCCAUGGGCAUCUUUAACCAGGGUUAUCUCUGUCUAAAAUGUGGCCUGGGGGCUCAUAAAGAGUGUCUGGGUCGACUGGGAGUCUGUGGGAGAACAGCUGUUCUUCACCUCACUGCAGAGCCUGUCAAGUUGAGACCCAAGGACAACACAACACCAGCGGACCCAGGUUUGCCCAGGAUGGUUGUGAUCAGAGACUACAGUGGCAUCCCCUCUUCUCAGUGUGCGCCCCCACUGAGUAUUCACGUGGGGGAUAUCAUUGAACUGAUGUUUGCCGACUUGCACAGCUCUUGGUGGCAGGGCAAAAAUCUGGCUACAAGCAAGAUUGGCUUCUUUCCAAGCGAUGCUGUGAGGCCUUGCCCGUGUGUUCCAAAACCUGUCGAUUAUUCUGCCCAGCUCUGGUUUGCAGGGCCUAUGGAAAGAUGCCAAGCUGAGGUCGCCCUCUUGGACCGGGAAAACAGCACGUAUCUGAUUCGGCACAGGAGUAAAGAGUGCACUGAAUAUGCAAUCAGCAUAAAGUUCAAUGAUAAAGUCAAGCACAUUAAGAUUCUGACCAAGGAUGGUGGCUUUUACAUCGCCGAGAGUCGGGUGUUCAAAACUGUGCUGGACUUGGUGGAAUACUACCAACAGCACUCUCUAAAGGAGGGUUUCAGCAGUCUCGACACCACUCUACAGCACCCCUACAGGGAACAGCCCAAUGGAAACGUGCCCACGGCCAUUACCAAGGUCGGGAGUGUCUUUUCUCCUAGAGUGGUGGGUUAUGCAAUUGCACGCUACGACUUCUGCUCCAGAGACACGCGGGAGCUUUCUCUGCAACAGGGAGACGUUAUCACUAUCUACACCAAGAUGCCCAAUGGGUGGUGGAAGGGAGUAGUCGGUGGCAGGGUGGGAUGGUUUCCCUCUACUUAUGUGGAAGAGGAGGACUGACUUCGCUUGUUGGAACGUGUAUUCAGCACCCAUUCAGGCUGAAACCCUCCAGUGAACGCCAUGCUGCUCUGCCACUGUCUGGGCCCACAGUCAUAUCUCUCUUUGAUAAAAAUCCAGAGACUUGGACACAAGAGGAGGUGGCAGUGCCCUUAAAAAUCUUCUCCUGUCCUCUGACAGACUCUCACACAGAAAUGUCAAAUCACAGAUUCCAGGAGCGUCAUGCCAUAUCUUACCUCUACGGAGUCCUGUCUGCCCCUGCGGCCCACUGGGAAGUACAUGUGCUGUGCCUAGAUAACCCUCCCCCUUCCCUUCCUCUCCCACUCAACUUCUCUUAUUAUUGAUGACUCCAUCAUCUGGUAUGAGUCUUGCCUUUCGUUGUUGUCAUGUAUCGAGGUCAGCAAGGCUCAAUCAUCUAGCUGGACCACAGAUUCUGCUUAUAGUGCCCUGCUCAAGUACCAAAUUAAAAUGAAAGUGUUGAGAAGUUUUUGACUCUUCCUGGAACACUAUAGCCCUCAUGGCUGUGUCGAUAUUUGCGUUCAGUUCUCUUUAUUCUUGUUUUUUGCAUUCCAAACUGCGUGGACACAAACCUUUGAUAAAACUGUAACUGCCAAACUUUGAAUUUGACCCUAAUUUUAAAAAGGGGUGGAACAUGGAGAAAAAGGAUGGAACCAUGAUGGACUGAUCUGUCAGUCAGUGGACCUGUGGACGCUGAAGUGAUGCACAUCUGCAGAGAAACAGCUGAUUAUGUGGCCAUAGGACGCCACUGAUAAAGCUACAUCUCCCAAAUUAGAUUCCUGUCCUUUUAAAUACUGUUUUAUUUAAAUAAUCACCUCAACUUUAAGUGCAGCCUUCAAUAAACAUUGAGUUGAUGAAAAUCAUUAAAAAUCUGUUUAGCCUGAAAAGCUAUAGUUUGACAUUUUGAGAAAUGUACUUAUUUGCUCCUUUGGCAAAAUUAGAUGAGAAGGUUAAUACCAGUCUGAAUUUAGUCUGUUUAAUAUAAAGUAUGAAACAGUCAUUGGCAUAAAGGCUCACUUAUUGAGAGGUUAGAAUUCAUUUGUUCAAUUUGUAAUAAAGCAAAACUGU